UUCAACACAACCAUGGCAGACCUUCGAGAGGAGUGUGGCUGUCCCAUCUGUCUGGAUUUCUUCAAAGACCCAGUGACCACUAACUGUGGGCACAACUUCUGUUUCUCCUGCCUCAGUGUGUCCUGGAAGGAUGUCAACAGCAGCUUUCCUUGUCCUGUGUGUCGAGUUUGCUUUCCACAGAGGAGCUUUAGGAGGAAUGCCCUGCUGCAGAACUUGACUGAAAUGGUUAAGUGCCUGCAGAACAGACGGAGCAAGAGAAAGAGGCAGGAGGAACAUGCCGUGUGUCAGAAGCACAACCAAGCUCUGACCCUUUUCUGUGUGAAGGACCUAGAGGUAUUGUGUACCCAGUGCAGUUUCUCUGUCGAACACCAGAAGCAUUACAUCUGCCCCAUUAAGAGAGCUGCCUCUUAUUACAGGGAAAUUCUAGAAGGCAGCAUUGAGUCCUUGAAGAGUAAUGUGGAACGAGUUGAGAAAGUAUUAAGUCUGCAGGGCCGCCGAUCUCUGGAGCUGAAGCAGAAGGUGGGCCGGAGGAGAGAUGAAAUACAUUCGGAAUUUGAACAAGUCAGACUGUUUUUACAGAAUGAGCGGGAGGAGAUGCUUAAGGAAAUACAAAUUGAAGAGUUGGAUGUUUUAUCACAACUGCAUGGAAACCUUGGGACCCUUACAGACCAUGUCUCCACGUUAGAACAUCUCCUGGAGGAAGCAGAGAACAAGGACGUGGGCUCAGAUGUUACAUUCCUGACAGGUGUUAAGAAUGUCUACCAAAGGUUUCAAAACCUAAAAUGCCCUGAACCCUUAUCAUUCAGUUUACAGCAAUAUGGCUUCUACCUCCCGCCACAGUAUUCUGGCUUAGACAUAAUUAUCAAGUCAUUUCAAGUAGAUGUGACUUUUGAUCUUGACACAGCACACCCUCAGCUGUUGGUUUCUAAGGAUAGAAGAACAGUGAUGUAUAAAGAAGCAAGACAGAGUGUCAGUGAGAACCCCAGGAGAUUUGCUCUCUGCCCUGCUGUUCUGGGUUCUGAAAGAUUUCAUUCAGGUCGACAUUACUGGGUGGUAAAGGUAGAAAACAAGUCCAAGUGGACAGUGGGUGUGUGUCAAGACUGCCUUCCUAGGAACUGGGGGAAUCAGCCCUUACUAGUUGCGGGCUUAUGGGCAAUCGGGACAUAUACUAAUUAUAAUUAUGUCACCUAUGGUCCUAAGAAAACCCGACUUCUGCCAGUGGUACAUCCCAGUAAGAUCGGCAUUUUUUUGGAUUAUGAAGUAGGUGAGGUCUCCUUUUUCAAUAUGGAUGACAGGUCUCUUCUGUAUACGUUCAGGGAUUCCUUUACCAGACCUGUUUGCCCUUAUUUCUUUGUUGGAACAGAUCCCAUACCUCUUAAAAUCUUACCCAAGCAGGAUCAGGAAAGAUAA